AUGGCGGCGGCGGACCAGGCUCCGGCGCGGCUGGCGCUGAGCUCGCCGCAGGAGGCGCCGCGAGCCCGGCUGCACCUGCUGCCCUGCGCCGUGCAGCACGACGGCGCCGCUCCAGUCCGGCGCUACUUCGCGCCGGCCGUCCGGGGUCCGCAGGAGUCGCACUCAGAGCCGGCCGACGAGUCAACUGUGUCUUUCCGUGGCCGGAUGCUAAAGGGGAAACAAGUCCUUAUCCCUGAGGGGUACAUGGGACUGGUUCUUGAGGAAGAGGUGGCUCCUUACUUGUCAUCAGAGGAGCGGAAUGUGCAGAUCAAGUCCACCUUUGAUUCAAUGACUGUUUGGAACCUGGAACGGGCACCAAAUGAGAGUGACGAGAUCCUCAUGGCCUUCAGCUGGCCAAAGAUCGCAGAGGGUAUCCAUGCCCCUGUGGCUGAUGAAGAAUAAGGUGGACAACCAACUCCAAAUA